GCAGGGCGGCAAGCAGCUCGUGUUCCUGCCCGGGAGCGCGGGGGUCGGCGAGACCUGGCCACCCCCGAGCCCAGGAGGAAGCAGAUACGCUGGGGGAUGCAGCGGAGGAAGUGUGAAUGCGACACCCUCCCGGCCCGGGCAAGUGUCACUCCCCCAGGCUUCUGUAAGGACCGCGUAGUCGGGUCCCCAAGGAUCCUUGUCGCCAGAUGAUCAGUUAGCCAUUGCACGGAAGGGAUUUUGACGAUUAUAUGUGACAUUCCAACUGCUCAAUGGCCUCCCCAAAGAAGAAACUUCAGGGUCUCGUGGCUGCAACGAUCACACCAAUGACUGAGAACGGAGAAAUCAACUUUUCAGUAAUUGGUCAGUAUGUGGAUUAUCUGGUGAAAGAACAGGGAGUGAAGAACAUUUUUGUGAAUGGCACUACUGGAGAAGGCCUGUCCCUGAGCGUCUCCGAACGUCGCCGGGUCGCAGAGGAGUGGGUGACACAAGGAAGGAACAAGUUAGACCAGGUGGUGAUUCACGUAGGUGCACUAAGCUUGAAGGAGUCCCAAGAACUGGCCCAGCAUGCAGCAGAAAUUGGAGCCGAUGGCAUUGCUGUCAUUGCACCUUUCUUUCUCAAGCCGUGGAACAAAGAUGUCCUGAUUAAUUUUCUAAAAGAGGUGGCCGCGGCUGCCCCUGCAUUGCCAUUUUAUUACUAUCACAUUCCUUCCUUGACGGGAGUAAAGAUUCGUGCAGAGGAGUUGUUGGAUGGAAUUCAGGAUAAGAUCCCCACCUUCCAAGGGCUGAAAUUCAGUGACACAGAUCUCUUAGACUUCGGCCAGUGUGUUGAUCAGAAUCACCAACGACAGUUUGCUCUCCUCUUUGGGGUGGAUGAGCAACUGUUGAGUGGUCUGGUGAUGGGAGCAACCGGAGCAGUGGGCAGCACCUAUAACUACCUAGGGAAAAAGACAAACCAGAUGUUGGAGGCUUUUGAGCGGAAGGACUUCUCUUCAGCCCUGAACUACCAGUUUUGCAUCCAGAGAUUUAUCAACUUUGUGGUCAAACUAGGUUUUGGAGUGUCACAGACCAAAGCCAUCAUGACUCUGGUCUCUGGGAUCCCAAUGGGCCCACCCCGACUUCCACUGCAGAAAGCCACCAGGGAGUUUACUGAUAAUGCUGAAGCUAAACUGAAGAGCCUGGAUAUCCUCUCUUUCACUGGUGUGAAAGAUGGAAACUUGGAAGCCUGUAGCUAGUGCCUCUCUAUCUAAUCAGGAUGUGUAUCUUGAGACCUCAUCCAUCUUGAAUAGUUCUUCUUUUCUCAGGGACUUUUUAGAUGAAAUUGAACUAAACUUUCUUGUAGCAAAUGAAAUCUCACAUCAAUCAGCAAAUAAAUAUCUACUAUGAGAGUUAGGUACAGUGGGAUGCACCCUCAAUAGCAGCAACUUGGGAGGCUGAAGCAGAAGGAUCACAAGUUCAAGGCCAGCCUCACAACUUGGUGAGACCCUCUCUCAAAAUAAAAUUAAAAGGGCUUGGGAAUGUGGCUCAGUGAUUAAGUGCUUCUGACCUCAAUUCCCAGUACCUGUGCCUGCCACACACAAAAUUUAAAAAAUAAAUCAUGGACCCUAAGUCAUUCGUAUUCCACUUUUUGGUAGAGAAGUUACUGUUUAUUGGAUGGAAUGGAGUCAAGGGAAAUUUGUAAUUGAUUAAUCCACUUUUGGGAAUUCCCAUUAAUUUCUGGUUCUCAAUCCUAUUUUAAAGUCUUCUAAUUUUUAACCACUAUAAUGUAAUUUCAUUUUAAUAAAUAUUCAUUUGGAAUCUA